AUGCACCUAUCUCUUAUUUUAUAUCUAAGCUUAAUUAUAAGUUUUAUAAAUUGUAAUGAUGAACAAGACGAUUCAGAUUUAUCUAUCAUUACUGAAGAAUUAAUUAAUGCUGGUUUCGAUUAUGCCAAUCUAUUACAUAAUUGGUUUGAAAAGAAUAUUGGAAAAAAUGAAAUUAAAAUGUUUAAACAAAAUUUAGCUAAAUUUGGAAAAUUAGCAUUGAAUUUUAUUAAUUCAACUAUACAAAACUUAAUUAAAGAUGAUAAUGAUGAUUAUGAUCAUGAUAAUGAGUACAACGAUUCACAAUUAAAACAUAAUGAAUUAUAA